CAUUGUCACAUGCUCAAACUCGCAUAACUUACCAUAAACGCGAACGACCUCCGAUCGUGUGGAGGAAACGAGAAAGAGAAUGCGACGGACGUGGAAGCUGGUGUUCUUGUCUCUGCUGGCGGUGGGGGUCGGCGUGGUGUGGCGGAGCGAGCCGGCAAGAGCCCAGCUCUUCCGUGAACUGAACAACACGAGAGAAUUCUUCAACGAUCUAGCAGAGGGUCGCGAGCCAUGGCAGGUGAUGUGUGUAGCGGCAGGAGUGACGCUAAUGGCGGCGAGUCUGGUCUCGUGGAUAUUCCAAGACGACGUCGACUCUCUCGGAACUCGAAUCAAAAAGACAAUCUUUCACUGGGUUCGCAAGAUUCCGUUCGUGAAAGUCAAAGUUAAGGAGGAGAUGGAAAAAGCGAAGGAAGGGUUGGGGAAGAGCUUUAUGAAGGAGAUCCGCGGCGAGGUCGUUAGGGCGGAGCUCCCAGCAGAGGGCGUGGCUAGGGCGGAGUUACUCGGGGAGCUGGAUUCCUUGGGGAAGGAUGGAGAGAAGGACUGGGGGAAAGGGGGUGUGUCUGGCGGAUUGUACAACUGCAGCGAGGAUCUAACGGACCUCAACACAGAGGUGUAUCGGAGGUUUCUCUGGUCGAAUCCACUCCAUCCCGCCGUCUUUCCCAACAUCCGGAAGAUGGAGGCCGAGGUGGUGAGGUGGUGUUGCCGUCUGUUCAACGGAGGGGCGGAGUCUUGCGGGACAAUGACUUCGGGCGGGACAGAGAGCAUCAUGCUGGCUAUGAGGGUUUACCGAGAUAUUGGAUACGAACGAGGGAUAAAAUUCCCCGAGAUCAUGAUCCCACUCACGGCACACGCUGCGUUCACGAAGGCAGCGGAUUACUACCGAAUGAAAGUCACUCGUGUUAAGAUGGAUCCUCUCACCUGCCAGGUCGACGUGGGCGCCAUGGAGCGUGCGAUAUCCAAUAACACGGUCGUUGUUGUGGGGUCUGUCCCUCCGUUUCCCCACGGGGUUGCGGACCCGAUACAGGAGAUUGCGAGAGUUGCUAGGAAACACGGAGUGGGUCUUCACGUGGACUGCUGUCUGGGAGGAUUCCUGGCAGUCUUCAUGGAGAAGGCAGGUUUUCCUAUCGAUCCCUUCGACUUUAGAGUCGAUGGAGUCACCAGCAUUUCCGCGGACACGCACAAAUACGGCUACUGUCCAAAGGGAACGUCAGUUGUUCUGUAUGCCAACCAGGAGCUCCGUCACCGCCAGUACUUUGUGGAGACCAACUGGCCCGGGGGGUUGUACGCAUCGGCAAUCACCGCGGGGAGUAGGCCGGGGAGCCUCAUUGCUGCCACCUGGGCCACGAUGCUCCAUUUCGGGGUGGACGGCUACGUGGAGCUGACAAAGAAAGUGGUCGAUACGACUCGCUGGAUCGUGAGCCAGUUACGUAACAUCCCCGGGAUCCAUGUCAUGGGAAACCCUACGAUGUCAGUGUUUGCAAUAAUUGGCUCCGAGGAAAUCAACAUCUAUCAUUUGAACGACGCGAUGGCAAAGAGGGGGUGGUCCCUUAAUGCACUCCAAUUGCCGCCCGCCCUCCACAUGUGUGUUACCGUGGUAACCACAAAGGAGGGCGUGGCCGAGAAGUUUGUCUCGGACGUGAAGGAGUGUGUAGUGAAGUUGAGGAAAGAGCCUGGCAGUUCAACGGAGGGAUCGGCCUUCAUGUACGGUGCAUCGCAGGCUGUCGUGGAUCGCCGCAUUGUCGCGGAAAUGGCAUGGAUUUUUCUUGAUCUUUGUUACACAUCUAAAUAGUACAAUACUACUACAUUGUAGUAUAAUGAUGUGUUGCAGUAUAAACUGGAGUUUGUAGUGUAUUAGGUAAACUAAAGUAAGCUUCCAGAAUACACUCGUGUAUUGGUUUGGUUCACAAUUAUGUUGACUGUGUGUACAAUUCUCUGAUUUUACACAUUUUUCUGAUGCAAUAUAUUUGUCAUAUUCAUGAGGAUAAGAAUGACGGACGGUUAAAAUUCAUAAGCACACGGAUUGACACAAUGAGACCAGACCAGCAAAAUUAUUUGGGGAAGUUAUCAAAAAUUUGGAAGACGACCAGUGUCGGUGUUCAAAAUUGUGAGGUUAGUGACAUUCGACAGUUACAGUGAUGGUAUUAGGUGUGGAGGGGAGUGUGGGGGGAGAGGAGGUGGGAGGGGAGGAGGAGGAGGAG